AUAGCCCAGCUCAAGCAUCUGCUGCUGGGAGCUGAGGCCAGCGCCGGCCCGACGAGCGCGCUGAGGCAUGAGCCUGAUUUUAGAAGACGAACUCCGUGUCUAAGUGAGGAUUCAUCUGGUUGCAUUGCUCUGGAGAACACAGACCGUUCAAUUGUUGCUUGUUUGUGCCGCCCACUGAAUUACCUUCACCCUCAAGAUGUGUGACGAUGAUGUUGCCGCUCUGGUCGUGGACAACGGGUCCGGUAUGUGCAAAGCCGGGUUCGCGGGUGACGAUGCGCCUCGUGCCGUGUUCCCCUCGAUCGUGGGCCGACCCCGUCAUCAAGGUGUGAUGGUGGGCAUGGGCCAGAAGGACUCUUAUGUAGGCGACGAGGCCCAAUCCAAGCGAGGCAUCUUGACCCUGAAGUACCCCAUCGAGCACGGCAUCGUGACCAACUGGGAUGACAUGGAAAAGAUCUGGCAUCACACCUUCUACAAUGAGUUGCGUGUGGCCCCCGAAGAGCAUCCCGUGCUCCUGACCGAGGCCCCUCUUAACCCCAAGGCCAAUCGUGAGAAGAUGACUCAAAUCAUGUUCGAAACCUUCAAUACGCCCGCCAUGUACGUGGCCAUCCAAGCCGUGUUGUCCCUGUACGCUUCCGGUCGUACCACUGGUAUUGUCUUAGAUUCCGGCGAUGGUGUGUCUCACACCGUGCCCAUUUAUGAAGGUUACGCCUUGCCCCAUGCCAUUCUGCGUCUGGAUUUAGCCGGUCGUGACUUGACCGACUACCUGAUGAAGAUCUUGACUGAGCGUGGUUAUUCGUUCACCACCACUGCCGAGCGAGAAAUCGUGCGCGACAUCAAGGAGAAGCUGUGCUAUGUCGCCCUCGACUUUGAGCAAGAAAUGGCCACCGCCGCCUCUUCCUCGUCGCUGGAGAAGUCCUACGAAUUACCCGACGGACAGGUUAUUACCAUCGGUAAUGAGCGAUUCCGUUGCCCCGAGGCCCUCUUCCAACCCUCUUUCUUGGGUAUGGAAUCUUGCGGUAUUCACGAGACCACCUACAACUCGAUCAUGAAGUGCGACGUGGACAUCCGUAAGGACUUGUACGCCAACACUGUCUUGUCCGGCGGCACCACCAUGUACCCCGGCAUCGCUGAUCGCAUGCAAAAGGAGAUCACUUCCUUGGCCCCUACCACCAUGAAGAUCAAGAUCAUCGCUCCUCCCGAGCGCAAGUACUCGGUCUGGAUCGGUGGCUCCAUUUUGGCUUCCCUCUCCACCUUCCAACAGAUGUGGAUCUCCAAGCAAGAGUACGACGAAUCCGGCCCCUCCAUCGUUCAUCGCAAGUGUUUCUAAGCCGGGGCGAUGAAAUGCAUCCCAACCGCUCGCUUACACUCCCAAAACUCUUAUUACUACUUCUUCUGUCUCCUAUACGGCUCAUCAGCGAUACUAUUGACAUUCCCCGAAAAAGACCCGCUCAUGGCCAUCUUAUUGCAGACAAAAUCUUAUGUAUUUUAUUUGACUCUGUGAUCUAAAUAUCCCUUGUAGAGCUCUCGCCAUCUCGCUCACAAUAGCAAAAAAGCAGCAGCUUUGACAUGUGACUAUGUAAAAUUAAUAAUUAUUAAUGAUGUAACAUGAUCAAUAAAAAUGGACAAAUGAUUA